CUUGCCUCCUGCAUCGAUGGCGUCGACGAAAGACACGAAGGCGAAGUCGAAGGUGCCACCUUUGAGUGAUCAGGAGAUCCAGCAAAACUACACUCGAAUGCAAAAUGAGUUGCAGUCUAUCGCACAAAAGAUAGGCGAGCUGGAAACAGAAGCAGACGAGCAUGCUCUCGUGCUGAACAGCCUCACCGACACGCUGGCUGAAGAGCCUGACCGCAAGUGCUUUCGCUUGAUCGGAGGCGUCCUUGUCGAACGGACAGUGAAGGAUGUCGUUCCUGCAUUGAAGCUGAAUCACGACAACAUCGUGUCAGCGAUCAAGACCCUUGCGGAGCAAUACAAGACGAAAGAGCAGACUUUCGAUAGCUUCAAGCGCGACUAUGGCAUUCGUCCCGUUCGCGCAUGAAAUCUGCAAAAGGCUUCCUAGCACAACAGCAGUAAAGCACUGUAUUAUAUCCACGCCACUCGCGCGUAAUCAACACUUGGACCAGGCGGUCGAACUACGUUCUCGUCUGCUUUGCUUGA